GGCGACAGAAAAGAGAGGCAAAGCGUUAACCUGGGAAAAAAUGUUUUAAAGCAAUGACGACAAAUUCUCAAAAAUUGAAACGGAAUUGGAAAGCAAACAUUCAUAUGCAAGGAAAACAGCGUUAUAUUUACACGCCAAGUCAUACACCGCGUGGGUGGGUUGGAGACCACCACAGUCCACCACGGUGGUUUUACUUCCACAAGAUUCUUAUCUAUGCUUUACAAAACCAAAAGUAUUGCGCACUGGUGCCAAACACUCCAAAAGCCUCGUUACAUGCAAACUAGCUUAAGUCUUCAAAAUGCUUUCUCAACAAAAUGAAAACAAAUAUAUGAAAACAGAGAGAAGAAAUUUCGCACACGAGCACACCUCACGGUUGCUAAUGUUGUAACGGAAACCCACUGUUUCCUGUCGGCACUCAGAGCUGUUUUUUUUUUUUUAAUAUUGCUUGCUGCCCGUUAUAGUUCAAAAGGUAUUAUAGUUAAUGUUUAGAAACUUGAUAAUGGCAGGUAAUAGCGACUUAAUUUUGACCUCAGAGAAAAAAUGUUAAAAAAAAAGGUUCUUGCUUCCGACCACAAAGGUUCCAAUGGCAUUCCCUUUUACUAUCUGCUAGUCACCCCUGAGACAAUGCAAAUUUUCUCUCUAAUUGAAGGCCUUGAAGAGGCUAACAUGCUCGCUUAAGUCUCACACACCAUACUCCAUCUCAUGAACCCAGUUUUGGGAUUUACCUCAUUAAGACCAAGUAUCAUUUAUUGUCACUAUCAGUCAGUGUAUAUGACAACAAACUGACAUAAUCACAAACAGGAAUAGAUCUUGAAACUUCUUCUCGAAUGUCCAUUAGGAAGACCAAUGGGCUUCCAAAGACAAUAGGGGUAAAUUUGGAAAAAAAUACGCACGCUAACGGAAGAUUAUUGCAAUGGUUUCGAAAAGAUAGCAGAAGCCUUUAAUUCUCAACAAUAGAAAUGAUAUUUGGCGCAAUGUGCACGACAUAGUUUCCGAAAUUUAGUUUCUCCAUGACGAUGGAGAAAAGAGCUUCGAAAAACUGGAAUGAGGGAAUGUAAGUGGAGAAUCUGAAGAGAACGAGGCAGAGCAAUAAAAAAUGAAAGUGAGAAAAGAGAAGAGCGGGUUGAAAAAGAAUGGAUAUAGGAAAAACUUGUUUUAUCACCUUUUCCUAUCCUCCUGCCUUCUUCCAAGCAUGGUAUACAGACCACACCGCGUGAUAGAGGUUUUUUUUUACACGUGUCUCGGUAAGAAGGUUACAUGAGGCACACACGUGAUCACAUUUGGAUCACGACAAUCUUAUCACACAAAUAUAUUAAUUACUUUACUUAUCACGCCAUCAUAGCUCUCUUAAUUGCCUGAUCGUUAUCCGAUUCCGCAUUUUUUCCUACGUGUUGAACGAGUCCAUUCAUAUCGACGAGGACAUUCCACGACGACAACAAACAGCGAUAACAAUUAUAACUACUGCAACAGUAAUUUCGUUACCAUCGUCGUCGUCGUCAACAUAUUGGAAACCAAAAUUGUGUGCAUAAUAUUAUCUGCUUACAUAACAGCAUAUACAUCCUGAUUUUCUUAACCCCUUUGAGUUAACAUCUGUAUCCUCAGUUUGCCCGAGGAAAUCAGUUUUGAGCGUGAGUUUCAAGGUACCUCAAUGGGUGCGAUAUCGCUUCUCUUCUAUACAAGGGAGAACAACAAUACACCGAUCAAAGGUACUUUUUAAUUCACUGGCACAAAAUGCAGCACCCAAAAGGAGUACAAGAACAGCCAAGGUACGAAAUGAUUAACUUCCGGGGAAAUCGAUCCACCUCCAAAAAUGAAAACAGAACAACUGGACAGGUCAACGAAACGAAACUUAAGUCUCUAAAGCCUGAAGAAGGAGAAACCGAAAUUGAGAAAACAAACGAGUUUCCUCAUUCAGACCUGAAUCGUACUGGGGCAGUCUAUAAAGUCAUUGCGAAUAACGCUGAGGGACCCACGGUUGACAUAAAGACAAAGUCCUGCGUGGACCACCGAGAUGCAAUCUACGACGCACUGAACAUCAUCGCUGAAACAACAGGACAACAAAUGAAUUCAUGCCGCCGCACGAUGUGUUUCACGACUGCACUACUGAUGAUUAUUUUUCUCAUAGCUGCAGCUGGCCUGACUUUGACUUUGAUGAUGCUUAUUUCAGGGAACACCUUAAGUUGGAAUCAAACGCCUACUUUACCACCAAAGGCUGUUGGAAGUGGAAGGGACGAUAAUCAAGAAAUGAAAUUGAAGAUUUCAAAGCUGGAAGAAGCCUUAAAUCUCACCCGCUUUCAAGUUCAAAAACUCAAGAUCGAACUACAGACACAAAAGAAAGCGAUGGAGAACCUAACAGUACAGGAACAAAGCUGCAGCCACUGCACUGGUCCACCAGGCCCUCCAGGCCCACGCGGCCAAAUGGGACCGCCUGGCUCACCAGGGGCCCGGGGACCCGUUGGUCCUAUGGGUCCCAAUGGUACAGCUGGACCAGCGGGUCCUCGAGGUUUAAACGGUUCUCAGGGCUCACCAGGGCCUCGCGGUAUUCCAGGAGCAAUGGGCCCGCGCGGAUAUAAUGCAUCACGAGGAUUACCAGGCCCCCAAGGACCAGCUGGAAAGAACACGGCUUGGAAUGUGAGCCUUUGUCAGCACAAGAACAAGAAGGAAGUUUCACAAACAGCAGGGCAGUCAGCAAAUUCAAAAGUCAUUCUACGAGAGGAUGAACACCCGGGGAUGAAGAUUGUUGCAGCUACUUGUUCAACGCACAAUGCUGCAGAGUACGUCUUUGGUGAUGUAAGAAUUGACCCCACAACAGGAACCAUUGUGUACAAUUGUCACUGUAAAGGAAAAUCACAACUGUUUCUUGGCGCAAACAUGCAGUGUAUUAUUCACUACUGGAUCUGUCCAAUCAGAAAUUAAAUAGUUUAGAAAUGUGAGGAUCAUCUGUUAGGCAAAUAAAAAUUGUUACAUGUAAUUUAAGUAUAUGAUAAUGUUUUCUCUGGCAGCUCCGUAAUUCAUUGAUUCAAUGAUGUAAAGUAAUUUUAGUGCU